AAAAUUGAAUAAUUUAAAACGGAAAAAUGUUAAAUUUAAUAAAAUCCAUAUCUUUAUAAAUGAAAAUAAAAAUAUUUUAAGGAUUUCUCAAGUCUUUAAGAAAAACAAAAUGGAGACACCACAAUCCAACUAUGUGCUAUAUAAUAAUCCAAUCUUAAUUGAACAAAAUUUUGGAGAUAACUUUAACGAUUUCAGCUCACCUAUUAUACCUCAUAUGCAGCAUCCUCAUCCUACUGCUGCUGCCCAACAAACUAUCCAAUUUGGUGGCGUUUUUACUUCAUUUUUUCGUUUAGAUGCACAUCAGCUACGCAUAGAUAAAACUCAUUGGAUUUGUGAUUAUUCUGAUGAUAUUUUUCAAACCUUAAGAGAAACUGAACUAAAUCGUCGCUUAGUUUGUUUUCGUUCUCAACAAGUUGGUCAACGUGCCAUGUUGCUGAAAUUGCUUAAGACUGCCACGGAAAAACAUAAACUUUCUAGAACCACAUUGCAUUUGGCUAUUUAUCUACUCGAUUGUUUUAUGGACAAUUAUACCAUUCGAGCGGAUAAACUAAAUCUUUCGGCCAUCACCUGUCUUAUAAUUGCCGCUAAAAUCGAAGAAGCCGAUGUUGAUAUACCUAAAUUUGCCGAUCUUAAUAAGUUAUUAAACGAAGUCUAUUCACUAAAUGAAUACAAAAAUGUUGAAUGUAAGGUAUUGAGUACCUUUAAUUUUGAUUUAAUACGUCCCACAGCAGCUACAUUUGCUGAAUAUUUUGCCAAUAGUAUUGUAACACUACAAGAUUAUCAUAUUUUCAUUAAUCAUUGGAAUAAUGAAAUCAUAUUGAAUAACUAUCAUCAACAGCAGCAGGAUCUGCAAACACAAGAUAUUAGUUAUGGCAAUGAAGUGAUAAUAAAUACAGCAUCGACAUGUAUGGUUUUAAGUACACCAUGUCCUUAUAAUAGUUAUGAGGAUAUGUUGAGCACUUUGAGUAGAACAUUUUUUGAAUUAAUUGAUAUUUCACUAAGUUAUUUAAAAUUUGCCAAUGCUAGACCCUCCAUAAUUGCCUCAGCCUGUAUAGCGGCCGUUAGACAAAUGCAUGGUAUUUUUCCCAUAUGGACACCGUAUUUAGUGAAGCUAACCCAUUGUACUGCGGAUAUAAUAUCACCAUUUGUUGAAGCUAUUUUAGCUAUUUAUCGCAUACAUUAUAACAAUGAACAUUUGCAAAGUUUGCAAGCCACACCCAAUACCCCCAAUACCUCGACACAGGUCCAUAACACUGCUAUACUAUGUGAUAGUCCAGAUUCUGGUAUUGUAUCUGGCAAUGAUACAAAAUCCACGAGAUCUGAUACCGAUAAUGAUGAAGACGACUGUGUUGUUAGCUUGAAUAUGGAGGCCAAUCUACAGGCUAUUAGCAGCACACUGCCAGAUGAAUCAGAUGAAGAAGAGGAUGAAGCCUAUCAUUGUCUGGAAUAUCCCACACUGGCCAAAAGAAAACGCAUAUUUUAAUUGUUAAACAAAAUAUGUUGUUACAAUUCUUUUAACUAAAUCUAUAUUGUUUUACCUGAAGUCUUUAAUAUUUUUUUUUCUUUUAGUAGCUAAGUUCUUUAUUUAAUUUCUUUUUUUUUUCCUUUUUCAACUUUUCUACAAUUGAAUUGUAAAUGUAAA